AUGGUAUCGACACACAACCCGUUUCGCACGCCAGGUGUGACGCCAACGCCCACGGGAGCCUCGACGAGCAGCCCGGAUCAUGUACAGACCUCUGCACGUCCGCCAGGUCAAUCACCGCCAACGCCGCCAGCAGCAAGAAGCCUGACGCCCGAAGACAGAUCCGUGAACGAGCUUCUCACCGAGGAGUUUCCCCCAGCAUACACCCCCGCGCCGAACGUCUACGACGGGGAGGCGACACUCGAGCUCGGCCCCAGACGACCAUUCCAAAGCGCGGUCCCAGUCCCCCCGCAGAAUCAGCCAUCAUGGGUGACGCCACAGCCCACUGCGGGGAGCUGGACAGCCUUCCCGGGGAACAUGCAGCGCGAAUCGGCGAACAUCUACACCCGCCCGGCACCGCCGCCUGCGCACCCAUCCAUGCUGGGCAGACGACCGACCUCCUCCCCGGGUGCGAGUGCGCCGUCGCCUAAUCUGUCUGACUUUGCGCGGGACUUCUAUGCGGCGGGGGCGGCGGAUGUGAACGCGGGCGUGCUGGGCGGGUCGAGUGCGCAGUAUCAGGGCGAGACUGUCGGUGCGUCUUCAUCGCGAGGCUACGCGCCGCCAUCAGGGGAACCACCGAUCCGCGGUACGAAGAGCGGUCCGACUUCUCCAACGUCGCCUGGACGCGAGCAAAUCCCGGAUGAUGGUCGUCCGACGGACAAGCCCGUACCCGGGCACCCGCUCAUGCGGUACGGGAAGGUACUGGUGUAUCCAAAGGACCACGAGUGUCGCAAAUGUUACAACACCGGGUACAAGGGAUACGACCCCUCACAUCCAUGCUCGCGCUGCUGGGAGAAGUACGCGAAACCGUACACAGGUCCUAUGGCGUACGCUCCCUGGGGCACGGACUCCAGCCCCGGCUCCAGCGCCGCGCGCACGUCACUCCAGCGACCACUGCCACGGUUCCGCGCCCCUCAGGCGUCCGUACACCAGCAGAGCUCGUCGUACUCCGGGCUGUCGGCGGCGCGCGGGGACCUGGGGCGUUCCGCGUCAACGUCGCGUGUAGGCAGCGGCUACCCUGGUGCAGCCUCACGCGUCAUCCCCGUCGCGGGCGGCGGCGUGCCCAUGAACGCGUACCUAGAUCCGCUCCAAGGGCGCGGCCGGUCUGUCUUCCCACCUCCGUCGUGGUCGGUCGCGCCGACGAAUGGGAUCGCGCCCCCACCGGGCAACGCCCCGGUGUACUCGCCCGGGGACCCCAGGAUAGGCGGCCGACUGUGCUGGCGGUGCGGGGGCGACGGGAAGACGUCGUUCCUGAUCUUCGACCAGGAGACAUGUAGGGUGUGCAACGGCGUCGGAAGGACUUUUGUAUAG